AUGGCGACAGUGCUUCCUCCUCCCAGCAAGCGCCAGAAGCGGGAAACUGCGGAGAAAGCGCGGUUGCAGCAGGAAAUCCAAACAAUCCCUUCUAACCUAGGCAGUAUUCGAGUACAAUUCUUCGACCAGACAACGGGAAAAACUACCGGGCCCCCAGUAUCUGUUCCAAUUGCAGACGCAUCUGUUAGGAACCUUGAAACACUCGUGAACACGUUACAAGGGAAUGUAGGGAAACAAGGGGAGCUAAUCCAUCCCAAUAAACAGGAUGAUGACGAAAGAGUCCCUUAUCGAUUCGCAUAUAACCCAACAGAAGACAAUGGAGAGGUUGUCGACAUACUAUCAGACCUCUAUCAUUCGCUCCUCAAACCAGGACUGAAAACGCCCGAAGAUACAGUCCAUCUCCACUAUACGCCACAGGCCGUCUUCCGAGUAAAAGCUGUAUCGAGGUGUUCCGCGUCAAUAUCAGGACAUGGAGAGGCAAUUUUAGCGACAGCAUUCUCCCCAGCUUCGUCAUCACGCAUGGUCACUGGAAGUGGGGACUCAACAGCGCGGAUAUGGGACUGCGAUACGGGAACUCCGCUACACACCUUGAAGGGACACAAAAGCUGGGUUCUCGCCGUCAGUUGGUCGCCGAACGAGCAGAUAAUAGCGACAGGGAGCAUGGAUAAUACCGUCCGGCUGUGGAAUCCGAAAACAGGUGAAGCUCUUGGUGGACCGCUGAAGGGACAUACGAAAUGGAUCAUGAGCCUGGCAUGGGAGCCGUACCAUUUACAAAGGCCGGGACUUCCAAGACUCGCAUCCGCCUCCAAAGACAGCACUGUGAGAAUUUGGGAUGUGGUGUCGAAGCGUAUCGACACGGUGCUCACUGGGCAUAAGGGGUCCGUCACCUGUGUUCGAUGGGGCGGGAUUGGGCGCAUAUACACCUCGUCCCAUGAUAAAACAAUUAAAAUUUGGAAUCCGGUAGACGGCAGCUUGCUCCAGACGCUCUCUUCGCACUCACACCGCGUGAACCAUCUAGCGUUAUCUACAGACUUUGUCCUCCGAACUUGCUUUUUCGAACACAACGAAAAGGUUCCCGAGACUGACGAGGCUAAAAUCUCAAUCGCCAAGCGUCGGUUUGAAAAAGCAGCAAUGGUAAAUAAUAAAAUUACUGAACGAUUUGUCUCCGCCAGUGAUGAUUUUACAAUGUUUCUAUGGGACCCCGCGACGUCGAAUAAGCCCGUUGCACGCCUGUUGGGCCACCAGAAAGAAGUAAAUCAUGUCACAUUUUCUCCAGAUGGGGCGUACAUUGCCUCUGCCAGCUUUGAUAACCAUGUUAAGCUGUGGAAUGCUCGGGAUGGAAAAUUCAUAUCCUCCCUUCGUGGACACGUGGGCGCUGUAUAUCAAUGCUGCUUCUCAGCCGAUUCACGCCUCCUCGUUUCAUCCUCUAAAGAUACCACACUGAAAGUUUGGGAUGUCCGCACCGGUAAACUGUUCAUGGAUUUACCAGGUCACUUAGAUGAAGUUUACGCUGUUGAUUGGAGUCCAGAUGGAGAGAAAGUGGGCAGUGGUGGGAGGGAUAAGGCGGUUCGCAUCUGGAGGCAUUGA